ACUUUGCGAUGCAAACAUUUGAAAGAAAAAUUUAGCUAAGCUGCAAAGUUUGUGUGAUUACUAGAAAAUGAGUGAAGCCGCAUCUCCUAAAAAGAUCGCUAAGAAAUCGGCUCCCAAAAAGCCUGCCGAUCAUGCUCCGUACAAGGCCAUGAUUGUUGAUGCCAUCAACUCGCUUAAAGAACGCAAAGGAUCGUCCAGACAAGCCAUCGCUAAGCACGUUAAAGCCAACAACAAGGUAGGCGACAAUGUCGAUUCGCAAGUGAAGAUCAAUCUUAAGCGAAUGGUCGUUGCCGGUGAGCUGGUACAAGUGAAAGGUGUUGGCGCAUCCGGUUCGUUUAGAGUUGCUGCCAAGCCUAAGGCGGCUAAGAAGAAGAGUCCUGUUGCAACCGUUAAAAAAGUCAAGAAAGAAAGCAAAGAAGUGAAGAAAAGCACGCCCAAAAAGAAAGCCGCUCCGACUAAAAAGGUGACAGCAGCAGCCAAAGAAAAAGCGAAAAAACCGAAAGAAAAAGCAGCUAAGAAGACGCCAGCGAAAAAGAGCGCCCAAAAGCCGUUGGCAGCAAAAAAACCUGCUGCCAAGAAAGCCAAAGCAACUCCAAAGAAGAAAGUCGCAGCGAAGAAGACCACCGCCAAAGUCGAAAAGAAAUAAGUUCGGCUUGCCCUUUCAUGUUAAACGGCUAUUUUCAUAGCCACA